UUCGUGUUUCGUGAGCGUCGUCAGUGCGAUUAAUACAACGACAUAUUAUUAUUAUCCAUAAUUUUUACAAGUGCGACACUCGGUGUUAUACACUACAUUAUAUUUCACUGUGCGUGUUUUAACAAAUCUAAGAGUGAAAGAAAAUCGUUAUUGCGAUCGAAUCGUAGUACCGAAAUAUCAAAACUUGCAUUCCGUUUUUUUGUUUCGAAUAUUAAUUGUGCGCGAAUAAAACGGACAAUUUAGUCGAGAUGACCGGACGAACAGCAAUUGGUAUCGAUCUUGGCACCACAUAUUCUUGUGUGGGUGUCUGGCAACACGGCAAGGUGGAGAUCAUCGCCAACGAUCAAGGGAACAGGACCACACCGAGUUAUGUGGCGUUUACCGACACCGAACGGUUAAUCGGCGACGCGGCCAAGAACCAGGUGGCAAUGAAUCCCGUCAACACGGUGUUCGACGCCAAACGUCUGAUCGGCCGUCGUUACGAUGACGAUAAGACGCAAGCGGACAUCAAGCACUGGCCGUUCAAAGUGAUUAGCGACGGCGGCAAGCCCAAGAUCCAAGUGGAAUUCAAAGGCGAACGGAAAGUGUUCGCGCCGGAAGAAAUCAGUUCGAUGGUGUUGACCAGAAUGAAGGAGAUCGCUGAAGCCUACUUGGGCCGUAACGUGACCGAAGCUGUCAUAACGGUGCCAGCGUACUUCAACGAUUCGCAGAGACAGGCUACAAAGGAUGCGGGCGCCAUAGCAGGUUUGAACGUAAUGCGCAUUAUCAACGAACCGACGGCCGCGGCGCUGGCUUACGGUCUGGACAAGAACCUGAAAGGUGAGAGGAACGUGUUGAUAUUCGACUUGGGCGGUGGCACGUUCGACGUGUCGAUACUGCAGAUCGACGAGGGUUCGAUAUUCGAAGUCAAGUCUACGGCGGGUGACACACACUUGGGCGGCGAGGACUUCGACAGCCGGCUGGUAUCUCAUUUGGCCGACGAGUUCAAGAGGAAAACCAAAAAGGACGUGCGCUCCAAUCCUAGGUCGUUGAGACGGUUGAGGACGGCUGCCGAACGGGCCAAGCGAACGCUGUCGUCCAGCUCGGAAGCCACCAUAGAGAUCGACGCUCUGGUCGAUGGUAUCGAUUUUUACACUCGGGUGUCUCGGGCCCGUUUCGAGGAACUGUGCUCCGAUCUAUUCCGGUCGACGUUGCAACCGGUGGAAAAGGCGUUGGCGGAUGCCAAGUUGGACAAGGGAGACAUACAGGACGUGGUGCUCGUGGGCGGCUCGACGAGGAUCCCGAAGAUCCAGGGGCUCCUACAAAACUUCUUCUGCGGCAAGCCACUCAACCUGUCCAUCAAUCCCGACGAGGCGGUAGCGUACGGCGCAGCGGUGCAGGCAGCCAUCCUCAGCGGUGAUACGAGUUCUGCAAUUCAAGAUGUGUUGCUCGUGGACGUCACCCCCCUGUCGCUCGGCAUCGAAACCGCGGGCGGCGUGAUGACCAAAAUCAUCGAACGCAACUCUACCAUUCCGUGCAAACAAACGCAAACGUUCACUACGUACUCGGACAACCAACCGGCCGUCACCGUACAGGUGUUCGAAGGUGAAAGGGCCCUGACAAAAGACAACAAUCUGCUGGGAACGUUUGACCUGACCGGCAUACCUCCAGCGCCCAGAGGAGUGCCCAAGAUCGAAGUGACUUUCGACAUGGACGCCAACGGCAUUUUGAACGUUUCGGCCAAGGACAACAGCUCUGGUCGCUCCAAGAACAUUGUCAUCAAAAACGACAAGGGCCGUUUGUCUCAAGCCGAAAUCGAUCGUAUGCUCAGCGAGGCCGAACGUUAUAAAGAGGAGGACGAACGUCAAAAAGCGAAGAUCGCGGCCAAAAAUCAGUUGGAGAGCUACGUGUUUGGUGUUAAACAGGCGUUGGAGGAGGCUGGUGACAAGUUGACCGAGUCUGAGAAGCAAACCGGCAUAAAGGAAUGCGAAACGGCUAUCCAAUGGUUGGAUAGCAAUCAGUUGGCUGAAAAAGACGAGUACGAGUUCAAGCUAAARGAAAUCCAGAACAGCUGCUCAGCUCUGAUGCUGAAGAUACAUGGCGCAGGAGGACAAGCCGGAGCAGCUAACAUGCCUCCCGGUGCUAACGGUUUCCCUGGAGCCGGUGGCCGAGGACCUACCGUUGAAGAAGUCGAUUAAUUUCGUAAUUAUGUGACCUGGUAAUUAUUAAUGGCAUUUUCAACUCUAUCCUAUAUUUUUUUCCUACUAUAUAUUAUAAUGUUUUCACUAUAGAUUUAAGUUAGGAUUUAUUAGUUUAUUGUACCUCAUAAUUAUAUUAUUAUGUUAUCGGCAAAAUAAAUGUCAGUUUC